CACAAGCUGAGCGGGACGUGCGGCAGCGGCUGAGGCGGGCGCGGCAGGAUGAAUGCAGGCUCCGACCCCGUGGUCAUCGUCGCGGCAGCGCGGACCGUCAUUGGCUCCUUCAAUGGCGCCCUGUCCACCGUGCCGGCCCACGACCUGGGCGCCACCGUCAUCAAGGAAGUCCUGAAAAGGGCCGCGGUGGCUCCGGAGGAGGUGUCCGAGGUCAUAUUCGGCCACGUCUUGGCCGCAGGUAAGGGCAGCAUCCUGGCAUCUUGGUGGAUGUGGGGACUUUCUGAAAACUGUCAGAGUAUGGGCAUUACAGCUGAAAAUGUUGCCAAGCAAUGGCAGGUGAGUAGAGAAGAUCAGGACAAGGUUGCACUGCUGUCCCAGAACAGGACAGAGCAUGCACAGAAAGCUGGCCAUUUUGACAAAGAGAUUGUACCAGUUCUUGUGUCUUCCAGAAAAGGCAUUACUGAAGUGAAAACAGACGAGUUUCCUCGCCAUGGGAGCAACCUUGAAGCCCUGGCCAAGCUGAAGCCAUACUUCCUUACAGACGGCACGGGGACCGUCACCGCAGCUAAUGCUUCAGGAAUCAAUGAUGGUGCUGCAGCUGUGGUUCUUAUGAAGAAGUCAGAAGCUGAAAAUCGUGGUCUUAAACCUUUAGCACAGAUAGUUUCCUGGUCACAAGCAGGUGUGGACCCUUCUAUUAUGGGAACCGGACCCAUUCCAGCCAUAAAGCAAGCUGUCUUUAAAGCAGGCUGGUCUCUGGAGGAUGUCGAUGCAUUUGAAAUCAAUGAAGCCUUUGCAGCUGUCUCUGCUGCCAUAGCUAAAGAACUUGGAUUAUGCCCCGAGAAGGUCAACAUUGAGGGAGGGGCUAUAGCCUUGGGCCACCCCCUUGGAGCAUCUGGCUGUAGGAUCCUUGUAACCCUGCUACACACACUGGAGAGAAUGGACAAGAGCCGUGGUGUUGCAGCCCUGUGUAUUGGAGGUGGGAUGGGAAUAGCAAUGUGUGUUCAGAGAGGGUGAACCGCUUAACAGUACUCACAACUAUACUUGAACCUUGAUUUUUUUUUUCAAUGUAAAUUUUAAUAUGUAAAAUCUAAGGACCAAAAUGAGGAAGGGAACCAUUCUACAACUUCAGAAGAAUCCAAGUUUACAGAUUGUGUGUGUUAAUAUUUACAUCUAACAUUGUUAUAAAUAAAGGGGAGAUCAGUCAUGAAAGA